AUGGUGAAAAAGAAGAACCCGCCCGGCAAGAAGCAGAGAGACCGAAUGAAGGCCAAAAAGGUCCGCGAAGAGACGGCCGAGAUGCUGGAGAAUCAGAACAGGCCCAAAAAGCAGGUUGCUACCGAUGAAAAGGGCAGGAAGAUGACAGUCAUCAUUGGGGGAGAGGCGGAAAUGGACGAGCUCUGGCAGCGCAUGAAAACGACCCAUUCUCUUCAGUGCCAAACCUCGACGAUUUCCAAGAAGCUCGAUGCCCUCCGGACAGCCCUUGACGAUCGGAUGAACGAAUAUGAUACUGGCCACAUCAAGGACACAUUGAAGCAAGUGGAAAUUCAGGUCAAAGGACUCACUGGACGCAUGAGAGAUGCCAUGAACAAAAACAACCUUGAGGCUGCUGAACAAGACAUCCACAUCUCGGAACUGAUCUUCUUCGACUUGUCACUGAAUGGCCCUUUGGAGAUUGAAGAGGUCGCUACAGGAUUCGAGGAGCAGCUGGCCGAGGCGCAAAGAAACAUGGAUAAGCUUGAGCUGCAAUUGGCAUCAAGCCUCUGA